GAAUGCGAGGAUUAUAGCUAAAAGGCACAAAAUACAGUCCAUAAAUGCCGUAAGGGCUUGCCAACUAAUGAGGGCCAUAUUUUCAUUUGAAAAUAUGAAUUCUAAGGCCUGGAGAGAUUGCUCAGUGGUUAAGAGCACUUGUUUUUGCAGAGGACCCAGGUUCAAUUCCCUAAUAGCUUACUGCUGCCCUGCCACAAGUCUCUUGUAAAAUCCAGGAAAGGGGCUGACAAUUUUAUGCUCCAAAAUCUGUGCACUGGAAAGGGUGUGUGCCUGUGUGUGUGUUUCACACAUGUCAUGGCAUGCAUGCGGAGGACAGGGUACAACAUGGAUGCUGGUCUUGGCCCUCUCCCUUUCUGAGCCAGAAUCACUCUGUGGUGUGCCAUGGGUCAGGCUGGCUGGCCCAGAGGCGUCCACGGAUUCUGUUCACCCAUUCACCACAGGACCAAUGGGAUCACAGGAACAUUUCAUUAAAGAAGGAAGAUCCCAUCUGCUGUGUGGAGAAUGGAUGGGAAGAGAGAAAGAUCAUGCAGGAAUCAGCUGUAGGAGCGCAGUAUUCACACAGGCCAGAAGACACCGUCUGAUCUCUUGGGAUGGAGUUAGGGAGGCUGUGAGCUGCCAUGUGGUACCAAGCACAACUCUGAGCGACCCAGGCAUGUGGAUGGAGACUCAGCUGAGAGAAGGAAGAGACUCCUGAAGUCCCACAAUGCACACCUACACUCAGGCCAUCCACCUAGUGCAAGCUCCUGUGGGAGAACAGGACCAGACGUGGCCUGGAUGAGCCCGCAUUUUAGCUUGUAACGAAGACUAGUGUUCAUCAGGGCAGCUCACAGUUCGUUUACGCCUUCAAGUGAUGCUGAUCCUGACCCAACCCACGAGUGACGGUGACCACCUUCAGCCCACCAGUGGCAUCAGAACACUCCCGUGGAAAUCAGCGUGGACGACGAUUCUUCUCCCUGUCUCAUGUUCUGUUGUAGGAGCUGGCAUGGGACAGCAACAUGGAAACAGGAAAGGUCUCACCCACAGGGAAGUCCCCCGGGGCGUUGGGCUGUUGCUCUCCUUGGCCCUUAUGAAUGCCGCCCUUUACCUCUGUCUCGACUGGUUUUUCAUUUCCCCUCGACCUCCGGAGGACCCGAGUCGCUGUCCUCAUGGUUACUUUAGGAUGGGACGGAUGAAAAACUGUUCGCGCUGGUUGUCCUGUGAGGAGCUGAGGACAGAAGUGAGGCAGCUGAGGCGCGUUGGAGAAGGAGCCGUGAAGAGAGUCUUUCUGUCCGAGUGGAAUGAGCACAAAGUUGCUCUCUCACGGCUCACCAGGCUGGAGAUGAAGGACGACUUCCUCCACGGACUGCAGAUGCUGAAGUCUCUGCAGAGCCCGCACGUGGUCACGUUGGUUGGCUACUGCGAGGAGGACGGCACUAUUCUCACCGAGUAUCACCCCUUGGGUUCCCUGAGCAACCUGGAAGAAACACUAAACCUUUCGAAGUACCAAGAUGUGAACACCUGGCAGCACCGGCUGCAGCUGGCCGUGGAGUAUGUCGCCAUCAUCAACUACCUGCACCAGAGUCCCCUGGGCGUGAGGGUCAUGUGUGACUCUAACGACCUGCCCAAAACGCUGUCUCAGUACCUGCUGACAAGCAACUUCAGCAUUGUGGCCAAUGACCUGGAUGCGCUGCCCCUGGUGGACCAUGCCUCCGGGGUCCGGGUGAAGUGUGGCCACAGGGAACUCCACGGGGAUUUUGUGGCUCCGGAGCAGCUGUGGCCUUAUGGGGGAGACACGCCCUUCCGAGAUGACCUCAUGCCCUCCUAUGAUGAGAAGAUUGACAUCUGGAAGAUUCCGGAUGUCUCCAGUUUCCUUCUGGGGCACGUGGAAGGCAGUGAUAUGGUUCGAUUCCACUUGUUUGAUAUCCAUAAGGCAUGUAAGAGCCAGAUCCCCGCAGAAAGACCCACGGCUCAGGAUGUUCUGGACACUUAUCAGAAGGUUUUACAUUCGCUCAGAGAGUCUGUGAUGUCUCAGACAAAGGAGAUGCUGUAAGGUCAGGCCGUUAAAUGAUGGACUUAACAGCUGAAUGGCAUCCCAGCUGUUCUACUCUUGGUGAUGGAAGUGCUUUCGUGAACCUCGUGAUUUGUGGAUGCAGGGUCUCCUCCACAUCUGCCUGCACAUCUGAGUGUGCUCUGCUUUCCCAGCAACCCAGAUGGAAGUAGCCAAGUGGGAAAACCUUGCUUUACUGUGCUUCCUGGUGAAGAUGCAGAGAAUUCAUGGAUCCACACAGUGUUUGAAGGAAGUGGUAAAACGGUAAUCAUGAAGACACAUCGCCUACUCCGGUAACCAUGUUUAUAGAUUGGUAGGAAAUGGGAAAAAACAUACACUAAUUCUUCAGAGAACAUUGUUCCUAAUUUGAGCAGUCCUGUUGGAAGCUGGGGAUAUAGUGCCCAGUGGUCGGGUGUUUACCUGGUUCUUUGCAAAGCCUCGGAUAUGAUCCGUAGCAUACGCACACGCGUGCGCGCGCGCACGCACACACACACACACACACACACACACACACACACUCACACUCAAAGACCGUUUUGGGUGUCCAAAGCGCAGCCCUCAUCAGUGAGGCCCUUGUCAGUGUUAGAGAUGACCGUCUGUGAAGGUUCCAUGCAGUUUCCUCUCACUGAGCCAAGUACGCUGUGGCAGCAUGCUCUGGAGAGAGACGGUGAAUGGCUAGGACUGACUGCUGGGAACGGCAGGCUGCGGGAACUUCCUUACCUGCCUGGGAUGGUGCUGACCUGCGGUUUCUGGGUGAACAUUUCAUAUCCAAUGUUCCUCUUUACUAGACAGUGUCGAGCCUCCCCGGGCCUGCACAACUGAACACCUUAAACAAAAACUGUGGCGCCAGGAAUGGUGGUGCACACCUGUAAUCCUAGCGCCUGGGAAACAGAUUGGAGAAACUAAGAGUUCAGGCCUGUUAUGGGCUAUAUACCAUGAUCCUGUCUGUCCACGCCCCCACCCCAAUAAAAAAAAAUCUCUCCUGUGGUGCUGGCAUCCUUAUUUUGGGAGACAUGAGAGAGUCGGUGUGUCUUCGUGGCCACUCACGAGGUGUCCCCUGAACCUGAGCAGGCGACAGAUUCACCUGGAGUCACAGAUCGGGGCCCACCUUGGAGUGUCUAGCUUCACAGGGCUACAGGGAAGUCCAAGGGUUUUCAUUGUAACUGGUUCACCAUGCUGCUGCCCCUGGUGUUUCCCUCCUCCUACAGGGACCACCGUUCAAGGUUCCUGUCCCCCUUGAGAGGAAGGUACCAUAGGCCAAAGAAGUAGGCAGCAUCGGAUCUGAUUGUCUUCUGUAGCCUGUGGCUGACAAGGGGGUGAGCUUGCCCAGGUUUAUCUCUGUGAAGCACACAGGUGCUCCAUUCACUUCGGGUUUGUUUUACAAAAUCUCCACCAAGCCAAAUGGUAGUGGUGCACGCCUUUAAUCCCAGAACUCGGGAGGCAGAGGCAGGUGGAUCUCUUGUGAGUUCCAGGACAGACUCCAAAGCUGCAGAGAAACCCUGUCUCAAAAAACAUAAAAAACAAACCAACAAACAAAAAACUCCACCCAAACCCACUGGCUUAAAGAUAUUAACAAGUACUGGCCAGGAUGUGGCGUGAUUAGACCCCUUACUAUCCUGCUAGUGGGAACAUAACGGUGCAAAAGCGUAUUGGGGAAACAGUCAGGCGGUUAGUUCCCACUUUACUGUGCUCAGGGGCAGCUUAUAGAGGGCUCUGGCCACGCCCCACCUCACAGGAUCCUUCAGCUGCAGACUCAUCAGAACCCACUCCCCUGCCAUCAGGGUCUCGUGCUCAGAACAGCUGCAGGCUGCUCAGAGCAGAGGAAAACAAACAAGUUGUUUACAAGAAAUUCAGGAUCUGGUGGUCUGCAGUCCCCAACAACAGUCCUGAAGAAAAAGUGCUACUACAGAUGGUGCCCAAUGUGGGUGUCGUAUGAGGUGGGACUUUCCUUUGGACUGCCUAGCACAAAUAAUGACAUACAAACAAACACUUUUUUUUGUUUUGUUUUGUUUGGUUUGGUUUUUCGAGACAGCGUUUCUCUGUAGCUUUGGAGCCUGUCCUGGAACUAGCUCUUGUAGACCAGGCUGGCCUCAAACUCACAAAGAUCCACCUGCCUCUGCCUCCCGAGUGCUGGAAUUAAAGGCGUGCACCACCACCACCUGGCUCAUGCUGUAUAUUUUUAAAAGGUUCUAAAACUCUGGGGUAGUGGAUUAAGUAGCACAAGUAAUAAAAACCCAGAGGCAGAUUUUGGGCUUCAACCUGAAGAUCAGAAAAGCAAAGCAGCCAAGCCAUUAGAGAGUUCUUACAGCUAUGAAAUCUUCAUAUCAAAAGAGAGUGAGUUCCUGUCUCAUCCCGUCUUAUAUUCCUCUCUAGUGCUAGGAUUAGAGGUGUGCUCCACCACCACCCAACCUCUGUGGCUAACUAGUGUGGCUACUGGGAUUAAAGGUGUGUGCCACCACUGCCUGGCCUAUAUGACUGACUAGUGUGACUGCUUUGCAUUCUGAUCUUCAGGCAAUUUAUUAAAAUACAAUGAAAUAUCAAAAUGAGUAUAUAUGAUUUUGUUUUUAAAGACACAGAUGACAAGAAUAGGAACUUACAAAGAAGGAAGCAUGGAGCCAUUCUUUACUUCUAUAUAACAAGGCAAAAGUGUCAGUUUUGUGUGCACAUACUUGAAUGCAAUUAUGUUUUCUAAGGUAAGUUUUUAUUUUCCUCUGUUACCUAAUUUUUCCAUGUAAGUUUUAUUGAAGACAUCUAGCCAUCCCUACUCUAUUGAGAUAGUAAUUAUUAAUUCAAUGGAUUUGUCAAAAUUCCUUACUGAUUUGUUUGGGAUUUUUCUUUUCAAUAUUUUAAUUUUUUGGAUUUAAAAGUGCUUACCUGCAAUUAAGUGUGUGCAUGCACGCAGUGACCAGGAAGAUGAGAAAAGGGAAUCUGAUCCCUGGACUGGAGUUCCAGCCGCUAUGAAGGGUCAUGUGAAGGCUUCCUACAGUCCCUAACUGGGGAACCACCUACUGAGCUCUGUUUAGCUCACCUCCCUUCCUUCCACACUAGAGGUUGAGGGUUCUGCUCUAUCUAUCUGGGUAGAGCUUGUGGGUACUAAGCUGCUAUCUGCCAGGGCUGCUAUCACCUCCCCUUUAAUUUCCCCCAGCAUUUGGCAGCGUCAAGGGGCAGCAGGGGGCAGCCAUAAGCAGUAGUGCCAUCCUGUGUUACAGCCUUGGGCUAACAGCACCCUUAAUCCUACAACCAGUCCAGUCCCCUCCAGUAGCAUGGGUUAGAGCUCUCAGCUUAGGGUCUGGAGCUCCUGGCCCUGCAAACCUGAAUGCUCUCUCUUUUUUUCCAUGUCCAGGAACUUCUCUCGCUUCUUAAAACUUUUUUUAUGUUUUGUUUUUUGUUGUUGUUGUCGUUUGUGUAAUGGCCUGACCAUCCUGGAACUCACUCUGUAGACCAGGCUGACCUCGAACUCACAGAGAUCCUCCCCCCACCUCUGCCUCCCAAACGCUGAGAUUAAAGGUGUGCGCCAACAUGCCUGGCUAAAAUGUGAUUCUUUUAAUGCAAUUGCACGUUUAAUGCAACUUUGCAUAGUUGGAUUUUUAAAUGAGUCCAUCUGAGAAAUUAAAUAAAUGUAAUUGCAAAGCUAA